AUGACAGAAAUAACUGAGGAAAUAUUCAAGUGCGUCAUGAAGGGCAUAUGUUAUGCAUCACAUCUAGCAAAAGGAGCCCCUUUAAUUAGCAGCAGAGUGAAGAGUGAUAUGUCAGUGGUGAGUCUUUACGAUGUGGUUAUCCAGAUGAUUUUCUGUAAGUUAUUAGAGAAGUACCCUAUUACAAUUGUAUCAGAAGAAGAAGACAACGACUUCUAUAAGGACACAUUAAAGGCCCUUCAGACAAAUAAUAUUUCCCAGGAGUAUGCAUACAUAAAGGAGUUUCUCAUUGAAAAUGAAAUAUCACUUGAAGAGCCCCUUAAACCCGUCUGCCACUCUCUGGCUGGCACAGGAAUGGAAAUAAUACUAGACCCAAUCGAUGGAACACGUGGCUUUAUUAACUCCAGGUCAUACUCCAUUGUAGCAGCAUGCAUGAAAGACAAAAAAGUCCUUUUCUCUAUUAUAUCCUGCCCAAAGGAAAAUAUAGUCUAUUAUAAAUGGAAUAUGUCAGGAAAUGGUCUUUCUGGGUAUCCGCACAGAAGAAGAGUCAGAACAUACUCACUUUCUGACUCACCACACACCUCAUAUUCUGACUUUCUUACAACACUUUCUUUAUAUGUUGCAAUUUCUGCAGAAAAAACUCACUCUAGCCCAGUUCUCAUGGAAUUCCUGGAUAGACUAGGUAGACUGUACCCAGUGCACAUUGUAAGAAUGGAUGGACAAGGAAAAUAUGCAUGUGUAGCCACCCAGAAGAUAGAUAUAUUUUUGCGUCUCCCAAGCACAAAGAUACAAGAGAAGAUAUGGGACCACUGUGCAGGCAUAGAUAUGAACGAGAUGUCAAUUGUAACAGACCUCCAUGGAAUACCCAUACAUCCAUGCACUCCCCCAGUCUACGGCGUAAUUGCAUCUCACUCCCAGAUCUUCCAUUCUCUAUCACUAAAUAUACUUAAAGACCUAUUGAUGUGA